GCCGCCGCUCAUACACCUUCGGUGACGAUCAAAGCCGACGGAACCAGGGGGCCGAAGCUUUCGAUUAUCGCAGCCGCCAUGGUGGAUGACAGAACUUUCCCUGUGAAGCCUAAGCUCAAACCUACUACUCUCAAGUCUACGUCAACUCCUGAAUCCAAAUACUGGAAAUCAUUCAAAACCCCAGAGGAACUCCAGAAUCCUCAACAUCACUGCUAAUCUUCAUGUUCAUAUUCGAGAGCUCGAGGAAGAAGUGAAUUUACUGAAGAAUCUCUAACAUCCGAAUAUUGUGAGGUAUGGUGUACAUAUGGUAUAUGGUGAACAAAUCUGCAGCUGCUGCCACCAAGUGUGAUUUGCAAUUCAACCUCGUACUGGUGUGGCCCCCUCCUGUGGCAGAGGAGAAUGAAAAUCCUACAGAGACUGCUUGUAAUCAGCAGUAGGAAAAACACCUCAAAUACAUCUCCACUUUCAUUUGGGCCAUUCAACUCUGCCACUCAAAUUCGAUGGAAGAAGCCAGCGGAUACUGCUCAAACCCGCCUUGAGAAUCGCAUCAGAGACUUGAAGCUCGACCGUAUUACAGCCCAGCACUGCCAACUCAAUCUCAUCCUCAACCUCCAUCGCCUCGUCUCUGCCAAAAAACGUGGCCAUUUCAUCUCCGUACAGUCCCUCUCUAAGUGGGCACCGCAUGCUGGCAUAAAAACCCUAACCGCUGGAGCUCUCCUAAGGAAAUACCCUCAUGUUUUUGAGGUAUUUACGCACCCUGCCAAGCAUAACCGAUGCUGCAGGUUUACUUCGAAAUUUGUGGGACUAAUAAGAGAAGAAGAAGAUAUAAUCGCUCAACUCGAAGAAGAAGCUGUUAUACGAAUAAAGAAGCUUUUGCUCAUGUCUGUGAAUGGCACCCUUCAUUUGCAUGCUCUUAGAAUGAUUCGAAAUGAAUUGGGUUUGCCUGAAAAUUUUCGAGAAUCAAUAAUUAGAAAGUUUGAAACGGAAUUUAAAAUGGUGGAUUUAGAGAUUGUGGAAUUGGUUGACAGGGACACUAGGAGUCCAUGUUUGGGUGCUGAGGUUGAAAAGUGGAGGGAGAAGGAGUAUACAGACCGAUGGUUAAGUGAAUUUGAGGUCAAAUAUGCUUUUCCCAUAAAUUUCCCAACAGGUUUUAUGAAAGCACCGGGUUUUCGGGAGAAAUUGAGGAAUUGGCAAAGGCUUUCCUAUGUUAAGCCUUAUGAGAGAAUGGAGGUUGUUAAGUUGCGUACUUGUGGAGGGGUGGAACGGUAUGAGAAACGAGCUGUGGGAAUUAUUCAUGAACUUUUGAGCUUGACCAUAGAGAAGAUGGUCCCAGUUGAGAGGUUGGUUCAUUUCCGCAAGGACCUUGGAAUUGAAGUUAAUAUCCGAGAAUUGCUUUUGAAGCACCCAGGAAUUUUUUACAUAUCCACCAAGGGAAAUACCCAACUUGUUUAUCUUAGAGAAGCAUAUAGUAAAGGGUCCUUGAUAGAGCCAAACCCAGUCUAUGAUGUAAGAAGAAAAGUGUUGGAGCUUAUGUUGAUGGGAAGCCGUAACACUAGAGAAUUGAAAUUACAAAGGGAAGUGAAGGAUGACAUCGAUAAUGUUAAAGCCACUGAAAACAGAAGUAGCAGUGCAGAUGAUGACUUUGUAAUUCCGAUUCUAGAGAGUUUUGAUGAUCAAUAAGCUAAAAUCACUCUGACAAAGAAUCAUUGCUUUUGUGCAAGAGCUAAUUGUGCAUUCUGAGAUUAUUAUAGGUGAAAAGGAGGAAUUUUGAGUAUUAGUUAUAUUUUCCACAACAAAUUGAUUUCGUGAUGAGCAUGCGCCUAUUUUACUAGCAGUAAAUUGCUUCUUGACUAUGGUUCAGAAGGUUGCUUUUCCCUAUUUUCUGUCGGAAAAUGAUUUGCCAUGAACUUGCGUGACUCUGCUACUGCUGCCU